AUGGGGGGUAAAAGCGGUAACAAGAAAAUGGAAAUGGUGCGAAACGGACAGGGUGACGGUCUUCCAGAUAAACUUCCGGUUUCUGACCGGCUUCCAGAUAAAUAUCCGGAAAACGGGAAAAUGUCCGGUAAAAGACCGACCAGCUUUCCGGAUAAAUACCGAGAAAACAGGAAACGGUCCGGGAAAAGCGUAAACGGUGACGGUGAGCGAGGGAGAAGGGCCGCAGACGGGCUGUGGCACGGCGGCGCACGGGCCGCGGCGCGCAGGCGGGCCGACGCGCCGUUGCGUCUGCACCUGGCCGCCGCAGAUGAUUCCCGCCGGCGGCCAUCGACACAGAAGUUCCACGGUCUCCACCUGGACAGAGGCUCGCUCGCUCGCCGGCCCUCGCACGACGACCACGCCAAGGAGGCACGGACUAGCGCAAGGCCUUCUGGGGCGAAUACGCCGGGGACGAUGCCUUCCUACUCUUCCUUGGGAGCUGUUAGAACCGGGAAAGAAUUCAGAGGUGGCAACAAGCUCCUAAUGGUAUUAGUUUAA